GUGAUGUUCUACAAUGCAAAGAGCCACUCCUUCGUCUUCAUCUUGUGUAUUGGCCUGAUAUCCACCAACGAAGCAUACAAAAAAAGGGAGAUAUGGCGGCUCCAGUUUCAGCAAUUCCAUCUUCUUCUCCGAACAAAGGAUCAAGCCGCGUGGUUGAGCGCCGCUGGGCAGAUUAUCAUCCAAGCAUAUGGGGCGAUUACUUCCUCGCAUAUGCUUCUCCCACCAACUCCGUGGAGUUAAAGUACGUUGGAAGAGUGGAGGAACAGAUUGAGGGAUUGAAAGGAGAGGUGAGGAAGAUGCUGACUGAUGUCGUGAAUAAGCCCUCACAAGUGCUGCACUUGAUCGAUCAAAUCCAACGCUUGGGAAUUUUCUACCAUUUCAAACGUGAAAUAGACGAGCAAUUAGAACAAAUCCAUAAAAGUUACUCUCGACUUGUGUACAGAGAUUUUAAGGGCGAUCACCUUCACAUGAUCGCUCUUAUCUUUCGAUUACUACGACAACAAGGUUAUAAUGUUUCAUCAGACUGCAUCUUUUUUCCCCACAUUGGUUUUGGUUGCACAGAGGUUUUUAACAAAUUCAAGGAUGGCGAAGGGAACUUUAGAGAAUCGCUGAUCACCGAUGUACAAGGACUUCUAAGUCUAUAUGAAGCUUGCCAUUUAAGGUGCCACGGUGAUUCUAUUUUGGAAGAAGCACUUCUUUUUGCUAUUACUCACCUUGAAUCGCUCAAUGAAAGCAAAGUAAGCACUAGUCUUGCGAAACAAGUGAAGCAUGCCCUAAGGCAGCCACUUCACAAGGGGUUGCCAAGGCUUGAGGCAAGGCGUUAUGUUCCACUCUACCAAGAGGAGCCUUCACAUGACCAAGUCUUGCUUGCCUUGGCUAAAUUAGAUUUCAACUUACUGCAAGAGCAACACCAGAAGGAACUCGGCAAUAUUACAAGGUGGUGGAAGGAUAUAGAUGUUGCGAGGAAGUUCCCAUUUGCUAGAGACAGGAUUGUGGAGUUGUUCUUCUGGAUCUCAGGAGCAUAUUUUGAGCCGGAGUUUGCCGUGGCCAGAGAUAUACUCACCAAAGUGAUCGCUCUAACAUCCAUUCUUGAUGAUAUGUACGACGUCUACGGCACGUUGGAAGAACUUGUAAUCCUCACAGAAGCAAUUGAGAAGUGGGAUGUUGAUGCCAUGGAUGGACUACCAGAGUAUAUGCAAGCUUGGUACAAGGUACUUCUCGAUGUCUAUGAUGCAGUAGGGAAUGAAGUGGCCACGAAGGAAAGAUCGUACCGCCUCACCUAUGCGAAAGAAGCCAUGAAGAAGCAAGCAAGAGUGUACUUUCACGAAGCCAAAUGGUUCCAUACCAACUACACACCAACGCUAGAGGAGUACAUGCCCCUUGCAUUAUUAACAACUGGCUAUGAAAUGUUAGCAAUCACGUCGCUUGUGGGAAUGGGCGAUGUGGUCACAAAACAUGCUUUUGAAUGGUUGCUUGGCGACUGCAAGAUCUUGAAGGCUUCACAAAUCAUCUGUCGGCUCAUGGAUGACAUUGCCUCUCACCAGUUUGAGCAAAAGAGGGGACACGUAGCAUCUUCAGUGGAGUUGUUCAUGAAAGAACACGACGUUUCGGAGCAGGAAACCGAAAAGGAAUUGCGCAAACGAGUGGUUGAUGCAUGGAAGGACAUUAAUGAGGCGUUUCUUCGUCCGACUGCAGUUCCAAUGCCAAUUCUAAUGCGAAUUCUCAAUCUCUCACGAGUGAUUCAUGUGUUGUAUAGCGAUGGAGAUAACUACACCCAUUCUGGAGCCUUGCUCAAAGAUCACGUGACAUCUCUCUUCAUUAGCCCCUUACCAGUGUCACAUCUCUCAAGAGGAGCACAAGAAGGAACUCGGCAAGAUUAUGGCGGCAAAUGAAGACGCCAUGAGAAAGAAGCAAGAGAAAGGAAAACAAGCGAUGGAGCGGUUGUGAACAAUAUGGGAAUUGUUAGUUUAUCAAGAUCUUCAACAAAGAGGAAAAUCGACCAGAAGUAGUUGUUCCAAGAGUUGGAAAUUCCAAUGCUUUAGUAGUUUGUGUUUAUAUUGUACUCCUGAAUAUAGGAUCAAGAGAUGGAGCUUUUUUAUUUUCUAAUAGUGCUUAAGAUGUAGCAAUGAUACUGUUAAGAUCACAAGCAUUCUGAGGAAGAGCUUUUUGUGUGGGUGUGAUUUUAUCGAGAAAUGAUGUAACGUGUAAUGCUUCCCUAAUGAUCAUUAUGGCAAGGCCAUGUCCACAAUAACAAGGCAAGCUUCUUUAGAGGCAUGACAUGAA